CAUGGCUCGGGCGAAUACAACAGGCACUUGAAUCUUGAUCAAAUGGCAUGCUAUACGGUCACGGAAAGCCACGGACACUCCCGCGUUUCCCGGAAUGGGCGGGAGCUCUCCUUCACCAUAUGACCCUGGAAAGUUGCACGAGCGCUAUUGGAGCGCUGUUUCCGCGGGACAAUCACAUCUGCCACAACAAUGAAGGAUAUUCCCAAUCACUUCUCAACGCUAUAACAAGAGGACGGCCCGUGGCCGGGCACGAGAGCCGAUCCCUAUCGGACGGGAGGUGCCAGGCACUGCCGAGGUGGAUCCAGCGCCGCUAUAUAAGCCGCCGACGGACAUACCCAGGCUGUGUGCGGUGUGAGCGGCGGGUGGACGGACUCGGCGGUGGAUACAGUUCUCUGGGAUCAUGAAUCGGCUUCAGGUGUCGCUGACGGUGGUGCUGGCGGUGGCUCUGGUCGGAGUGACUGCCGACGACGAUGGCCAGUAUACGCAGCACUACCACCAGCCAGCGGUACAGUACCACCACCAGCCGGCCGUACAGCACUACAGCGCACCAAAGACCACCCGGCGGCCCGUAGGGGGGCCGGCGCCCGCCGACGCCGUCCAGAAGGCCACCCAACAGUUCCACAGACUGUACAAGGAGGCGGCUGCCCGCGCUGCCGCUGCGCCCGAUGACAAUCAGAGCUACCAGUCGGUACAGUACCACCACCAGCCUACGGUCCAGUACCACAGCGGACCAAAGACCACCCGGCGGCCUGUAGGCGGACCCGCGCCCGCCGACGCCGUCCAGAAGGCCACCCAACAGUUCCACAGGCUGUACAAAGAGGCCGCGGCCGCUCCCGACGAUCAACAGAUCUUCGCCUCUCAGCACGUGCAGCAGCAGCCGACGCACGUGCAGCACCAAUCGACGCACGCGCAGCACCUGGCGGAGCACAAGCGGCAGCUGGCGGAGCAUGCAAAACAGCAGGCGGCGCACGUGCAGCGGCUGUCGGCGCACGUACAGCAGCAGCCGACGCACGUGCAGCAGCAUGCUGUACACGUACAGCAGAGGCCAGCGCACGUACAGCAGCCGACCGUCACCGUCGUCCACUCGUACGACGAUGAUGAUUCUGUGUACUACGCCCCGUACUAGGUGACCCAUUACGCGUUAGGUAGGACUUCGCCAGACCAGUGGAGUGACCAGACCUCGAACAUUCUUUGCGUGAGUGACAUGCUUCUUGCCUUAGCUGUUAGUUUUUAUUAAUGCUUCGCAGUCGCAAUCUUCUCCAACAACUAACGGAAAUGCCUAUUUAUAAAAUAAAUGGUUUAUUAAU